GCAGGUCAGUCAAUGCAUCCAUCUGCUAAUGGAGGUCUUCAUGCUUCAAAAAAGGUCCAGAAAAAUCGAAAUAAUUAUGCGUCAGUAGAAUGUGGUGCCAAAAUUUUAGCAGCUAAUCCAGAAGCCAAGAGUACAUCUGCAAUUCUUAUCGAAAACAUGGAUCUAUAUAUGUUGAAUCCUUGCAGCACUAAAAUUUGGUUUGUUAUUGAACUUUGUGAACCAAUUCAAGUAAAGCAACUUGAUAUUGCAAAUUAUGAACUAUUUUCUUCUACUCCUAAAGACUUUCUGGUUUCAAUCAGUGACAGAUAUCCCACAAAUAAGUGGAUUAAGCUGGGUACUUUCCAUGGUAGAGAUGAGAGGAAUGUUCAGAGUUUCCCUUUAGAUGAACAGAUGUAUGCAAAAUAUGUGAAGAUGUUCAUCAAGUACAUAAAGGUGGAGUUGGUUUCACAUUUUGGAUCAGAACAUUUUUGUCCGCUCAGCCUUAUAAGGGUAUUUGGUACAAGCAUGGUGGAAGAAUAUGAAGAGAUUGCAGAUUCCCAGUAUCACUCAGAACGCCAGGAACUAUUUGAUGAGGAUUAUGAUUAUCCACUGGAUUAUAGUACUGGAGAGGAUAAAUCUUCAAAAAAUCUUCUUGGAUCUGCUACAAAUGCCAUUCUAAAUAUGGUGAAUAUUGCUGCUAAUAUUCUGGGAGCAAAAACUGAAGACCUGGCAGAAGGAAAUAAAAGUAUAUCUGAGAACACAACUGCUGCAUCUCUACUGGAAGUACCAGGCUCAACUCCUGUUUCCAGUUCUGUUCCAGGGCCUGAGUAUAUACCCCCUGAAGAACAUGGACAUGGUACGGAGUCAUUAAUAACAGAUACUCCAAAGGAGAGGCCCAUUGUGCAGCUGGUUCAAGAUGAAGAUGAGGAGGCAAAUCCAUCCAUAGUGACUCUUCUUGGCUCUGGUGAACAGGAGGAUGAGUCUUCACCAUGGUUUGAGUCAGAGACACAGCUGUUUUGCAGCGAACUGCCUUCAGUUUGUUGCAUUUCCAGUUUUUCGGAAUACAUGUAUAAGUGGUGUUCAGUUCAAGUUGCUUUUUAUCGGCAGCGCAGUGGAACUACCCCAAGUAAAGACAGAAAUGUUGCAUCAGCUCAACUUCCAGAGCUGCUGCCCACGGAAUCUGAAGCUGUUUCAGUAUUGCAGCCUCCAUGUGGAGAUUUGGACAGUAAGAGCAGGGAAGAGGAAGAGGAAAGGGUGGUUUCCGGUGAUUUAAGUGUGAGCCAAGGUGAUUUGAGUAAUCACACUGGAGAUGCUAUUGAACUUGAACCAAGUCAUCCUCAGACUUUUUCUCCGUCUCUUCAAUUAGAUGUUACUCCAGUAAUAAGUUCUUCAUCUAAAAUAGAAGUAUCAGAAUCUGUUAAACCAGAGAUGGAACAGCCACUAUCACAGGUGAUUGCCCAAGAAAGAGAUGCUGAGGUCGCUAAUAAGACAGAGAAGUUGGAAAAUUUGAGUUCUAUAGAAAAGCCAACUACGAUCCAUGAAACCAAAAAGGCAAAUGAAGCAGUGGACAUUCUUGUAAAAGAAGCCAUAAGCGCCACACAGACGAUCGCAAAGAUACCAGAAACAGUGGUACCAUCUGUAGUCACAGCCCCAGUGCCAGACAGUGAGGAAGGGGAACCCAAAGCCAACACAGUUGACACAGCUGUGACAAAGCCAGUGAUGGCUCCUGCUUUGGACUCUUUGCCCCCUGAAAUCAGAGAUGAGGAGCAGUCUCUGGAUGACACCCUCUUACGGGGCUUCCAGAGGACAGCUACAGAUUUCUAUGCCGAGCUGCAGAAUUCUACUGACUUGGGAUAUGCUAAUGGAAAUCUUGUACACGGAUCGAACCAAAAGGAGUCGGUAUUUAUGCGACUCAAUAAUCGUAUCAAAGCCUUAGAAGUUAACAUGUCUCUCAGUGGUCGCUAUUUAGAGGAGCUUAGCCAGCGGUACAGAAAACAAAUGGAAGAAAUGCAGAAGGCUUUCAAUAAAACAAUAAUAAAGCUUCAGAAUACUUCAAGAAUAGCAGAGGAACAGGAUCAGCGACAAACCGAAGCCAUUCAGGUGCUCCAGGCACAACUCAUCACCAUGACCCAGCUGGUUUCAAAUUUGUCGACAACUGUAGCAGAACUGAAACGAGAGGUUUCAGAUCGACAGAGCUAUCUUGUCAUAUCGUUGGUUCUCUGUGUUGUCUUGGGACUAGUACUUUGUAUGCAGCGUUGUCGAAAUACCUCUCAAUUUGAUGGAGAUUAUAUUUCAAAGCUUCCCAAAAGUAAUCAGUAUCCAAGCCCUAAAAGGUGUUUUUCUUCCUAUGAUGAUAUGAAUUUGAAAAGGAGAACUUCAUUCCCACUCAUCAGAUCCAAGUCUCUACAAUUCACUGCUAAAGAAGUAGAUCCACAUGAUUUGUACAUCGUAGAACCCCUCAAGUUUUCUCCAGAAAAAAAGAAGAAACGCUGCAAGUACAAAACUGAAAAGAUCGAGACCAUAAAGCCAGUAGAGCCACUGCACCCCAUCGCCAAUGGAGAUCUAAAAGGAAGGAAACCCUUCACAAACCAGAGAGACUUUUCUAAUAUGGGGGAAGUGUAUCACUCUUCAUAUAAAGGCCCACCUUCAGAGGGAAGCUCAGAAACUUCGUCACAGUCAGAGGAAUCUUAUUUUUGUGGCAUUUCAGCUUGCACAAGUUUGUGCAACGGACAGUCCCAAAAGACAAAAACUGAGAAGAGGGCUUUAAAACGAAGGCGGUCUAAAGUCCAAGACCAGGGAAAAUUGAUAAAAACUCUUAUACAGACUAAGUCAGGGUCAUUGCCAAGCCUGCACGACAUAAUCAAAGGAAAUAAGGAGAUCACUGUGGGUACAUUUGGGGUCACUGCCGUUUCAGGACACAUCUGAAAUGAAUCACACUUUCAGGCUGGAGACUCAUCCUUUGAAGAACAAUCUGCUAUUCCAAGAGGAUGGGGGAGGGGGAAAUAUUAAUGAGAAAAGUAUUCUGAAAUUAUGGCUCCUGCCUUUUUAAAAAAUGUAGAUGGGAUUGUGUCAAUCUUGGUUAAUGAACUUCAGUUUCACAAGGCUGAUCACUUCCUACAAGGACUAUGGUAAAUAUUUUAUAAAGAUGUUUUGUCAGAUUACUGGGACCAAAGCCAUUUGGAAGCCCAGUCCCUUAGGUGGGAUAGGAAUGAAAGACUAAACUUCUUCCUUUAGCUUUGUUCCUAUUUCUUGCACCUUCCCAUAUUUAUGUGCCUUUCGUCUAUUUAUAAUGCCACUGGAAGGAGGAAACCCUUUUUUUGUUGUUUGAUUUCUUUUGUAACUGUUAGCUGCAGACACUUACAAGGCUUUGGGGUGAUGUAUGCCUGAGUUCAAUGAUGUGGUCAGACAGUGUGAAACCUCAGAGGUUUGUUUGGCAAGGCCUUUCAAGCAAACUCACUGGAAACAAACAACUGCUGGCAUUUUAAAGCUUGUUCUUGGAGGGAAAUGAUGAUACCUGAUGCCUUUAGCUUAUUCAUACUCGUUUUCUUUAGACACUAAUUCAAUGAGGGAAAUACCCUAAAGGAUCUUUUUUUUUGCAGAAGACUGGUAUUUGGAAAUAUUUAUAUAUUUUUUUAAAAUAAAUUUUCCUAUUAAACACAUUGAACCACUGAUGAAAGCUUUCUUCAGUUAACAUUACAUUUUACACAUUUGCAAUAAGGACAUUAAUAUUCCAACUUUCGGAUUAUUGUUUUCUGUUUUGAAAAUGGAAAAUUGAAGAUUGUCCAAUGAAUAUAGGUGUCACGUCUUGAAAUCAAGCACUGCCCUGCACGUAAUCACAGGAGCAGCCAGCCAGUGAGUUUGCCAAGCCUGCCUGAUGGGAAGUCUGAAAGUCUAUGAGAUUUGUACUCUCUGUUUGCUUAGCAUUGACUAGAGACGUGCAGAGUUUUACACAUGUGAUGCCAUGGUGUCUGUCUUUGUUGUCUUUAUUUUCUUUAAUGAUUGGCAGUGACUAAAUAAAAAUGAUUUCAUAGUGUGCAUUUUGUACAGCAACAGAUGAAACUAGAUGGUAUCUUUUUGAAAGGGGAGAAUUGACCAUUUUGUGGUAUAAGAUUUAAGUUAUAACUUAUUGAGCACUUUUAGUAAUACCAUUUUCAAACUUGUCUUAAUACCUUUCUUGGGGUAUUGUUUAUAAUGUGACUUAUUUAAAGCCUUUUGUUUAAGUUGCUGCUUUAGAUCGACAGUAUGUUGUAGAUGAUUUAAAAAAUUUCCCCAGUUUGUACAAUUAGCCAUUCAGAGCAGGAAGGCCUGGUUGUGGAGAAGCCCACGGAGAAGAGGUCCAGAGACGGUAGAGGGGCUGCGGGGGGGUUCCCGCCUGCGCAGCACGUGGUGCUGCUAGAUGGUGACUUUCACUCUGUCAUUACAGAGCUGUAGUGCCACUAGAAACUGUGAAUUUCCAAAUAAAUCUCAACACUUGUCUUUAUUAA